UAUACUCGUAUUUUUGGAGACUGGAUUUAGAUUCAACGCAUAGAAAACGAAGAACUAUUCCUUUCUUCCAAAAAACAGAUCUAUGCAUUUUUAUUCUCCAAUAGUGAAAAUUCUUUUACUCGGUGAAAAUUUUUUCGUUCGGUACUUUCACCGAAACGUCCAGUGAUUUAAAAAAAGAAAACAAGGCGUAUAAACUACCGAACGAUAGCGUCACAUAACGUGAAAACCCAACAAGAACGAGAACUGAAGGAGAACAUGGCUCUGUUCGUUUUACUUCUGCACUUUAAGCACCUGUUUUCUUUGCUCUCUCUUUCUUUCUCCAAAGACUACAUAUGUAUCUAUUUCAUUAUGAGUGCAGGAAAUGCAAAGUAAAACGAACAGUUUAUGGUGAACGUUACAUGCGCUUGAGCGUGCCUGGCAUUUCACGCGAUUUGACUUAUUCAGAGUCAUUCUCGUAAUCGUCCGCCAAGUCAUUGCGGUCAAAGUGUAUGAUGUUGCGACGAUACGAAAUGUGACUGGUGAAUCAGCUUUUUUUUACCGAUAUUUUGCCGCUAGUAAAGUCUUCGUAUGGUUUCAUACAAAAAUGCUGCUUCCAUGUAUAACGUUAAGGCGUGUGUAAGAACGUGUCUUUCUUGAACGUUUUUGCAAACAACACUAGCAAAAUGGAGACUUCAAUACGAGAAAAAAUUCUCAGCUUCGCUGACGUUAUAAUGAGAGUACCACCUCUAUUUAUCAUUGAUGAACUACUUAGAAUUGGUCUUGGACUACCUGGUGACAAUAUCGUGCUGGACAGCAGUGAAAAUGGCUUCAAAACUGUCAAUAUACCAGACACAAUCGUCAGUUCCAUCUCCGCAGUUACGACAGGCUCGUUCCUGAUGGAACAUUUUGAGUUGACUCGUCUUGCUUACAAGACUUACUUGAUAAUCAUAUUUAAAUUUUUAUGCUGUUGUUUAGGAUGCAUCGCAGCCUUAUAUACAUUCAUGUUGUAUACUAAACAUUUAAUAAUUGUAUAUCUAUAUCUAAUCUCGGUAGGGGUGAUAUUCAUAUCAUAUUGGUCAAAUGUUAGUACAAUGAAAGCGAUUAUAGCUUAUUUGGAUGUUCAUGAGUCGGCAAGCAUACUUGACAACAUAUUAUGUCUGAAUUUGUCAGACGUUUUAUAUGAUGGUCCAGGCUUUCUAAUUAUCCAGAACUAUAUAUUGCAAUGUCUGCUAGCCAGUAUCUUUUGUUACAUUCAUCUCGCCCCGAGACAUCCUAUAGUUCAAAAGCUGCUUGUGCUGAGUUUUAUGUCACCAUCUAUUUUGGGUAUUCAUCCUUUACCGGAACAAUAUCUCCAUCAUGCACCGGUAUGUGCGACAUUGAUUCCAUUGGCCGUGUGCAAAUUUAUCAUCUGGUACAACGGUUUCGCCAUGUUAAAGACGUUCUACAUGGGCUAUCAACAUGCGCGCAACUUUAUAAUCAAUUACGGCUUGUCCGCACUCGCGGAAACCGAAUGGAUGCGGUUGAAUGUGCCAUGCGUGCUUCGUGUAUUUUGGAUACUGCGAGUGGCAGAGCAAGUCGUUCAAAUUCUUGGGAAUCAUUACGGCGAGGAGACAUUCAAUUAUUACGUCAUGAUCAGGACUUUGCUGGUAAAUGGCUGCGAGACUUUGACAGCUGUUCUCGGUAUGACUAGCAUAAUAUCGUUCAUCUGCCACUACAUCGGCUGUUUCUUCCAAUGGGUGCUGCUGACGGAAGAUGAAGAUGAGAAAAGUAUCGGCACGGUAUCCGCUAUAUUAUUCUACAUUCUUGCUCUGCAGACUGGACUGACGAGUCUCGACAGAGAGAAACGUUUAGUACGAUUGUGUCGUAACUUUUGCCUACUGUUCACGGCGAUUUUACACUUUGUGCACAAUAUAGUGAACCCGCUUUUGAUGUCACUCAGUGCUUCUCAUAACCCGGCUCUACAUAGACAUUUGCGGGCUUUGGCAGUGUGUGCUUUUUUAAUACUUUUUCCGGUAUCGUUACUCAUAUUUCUCUGGUCUCACUUCACGGUGAGCACAUGGUUAUUGGCUGUAUCCGUCUUCAGCGUUGAAGUAAUAGUCAAAGUGGUGGUCUCGUUGGCUAUCUAUUCCCUAUUUCUGAUCGACGCGUAUAGAAGCGCAUUCUGGGAACAAUUCGACGACUGCGUAUACAUUAUAAGAUCGUUCGGCAACACUGUAGAAUUCGCAUUCGGUAUUAUACUAUUCUUCAACGGUUUCUGGAUAUUGAUCUUUGAAUCUGGUGGAGCUAUUCGGGCCAUUAUGAUGUGCAUACACGCCUACUUUAACAUAUGGUGCGAAGCGAAGGCGGGGUGGAGCGUCUUUAUGAAGCGACGGACGGCUGUGAAUAAAAUAAACUCUUUACCAGAAGCGAGAAAUGAGCAACUCGAGCAACUGGAUGACGUUUGCGCGAUUUGCUAUCAGGAGAUGCAGAGCGCCAAAAUCACCCAAUGUAAUCAUUACUUCCACGGUGUAUGCUUGCGAAAGUGGUUGUACGUUCAAGACCGAUGUCCUCUUUGUCACGAUAUAUUGUACAAAGUCGAAAAUGUGCAAAACAGGGACGACGAUGCGCCCGUGGUUGAAGAAAACGGAGCAAAUGAUGUUCAAGAUAAUGUGCAAGCCAGACAAAUUUCAAAUAUUCCACGUGUUCAAAAUAAUCAGAGACAAUUGAUCGUGCAUCCGGAUGAAGACAGGUGAAGUGGCAUCUAGCCACUUUUCAUUGUGAUAUAAUAUAUAAAUAAACUUUAAAUAAACAAAUGUGCUACUUUCAAAGCUUGUCUCAAAAAUAAUGAGAGAAUGAUUUAUUUUUUAAUUUUUUACAUCGACCUUGUUCGUCAUUUUAUGUGAUUUUUAAAAUAUGUUUCUUAGGGACGCACAUGUCGUCCCUGACGGUGGUUUUGCCAUUCCUCUAGCAACAAUUCCUUCUUCCAUUAAAGUAUGCAGAACGUACGUAGUGGCUUUUCCGAUCUUGGUUGUUCCAUGAAAAUUUCUCUCUCUCACUCUCUCUCUUUUAUUCCGUUUUCGAAAAUGACAAGUUUCACAGAGCUAUGUCUGGAUUAUCGUAAAUAAUAUGUCAUUGAGAGAAACGCUCGAAUAUUUCGUCCAGUUUGUUGUAAAAUCUUGUAAAUAGUCAAAAUUUCAUAGAAGACAAUUAUCUUGUAGGAAAGUAAAAAAAGUGUUUGGCGUGCAAUCUGUCAAGCGUUCAAUCUAUUUAGCGUUUUGCCGAUUUGCUAGAUUUUUAAACAAUGUAUUUUUGGAUUAUAAUUAUGUUAUAACUGUGUAUAAAAUGAUGCAGUAAUACAAGCUUCCACGUGCAAAUUUUA